CCCUACAACACUUAUGAAGCUGUGUGUCCCUCAGACCUUCAGCAGCUGUGGAAAGAGGUUACUGCUACUCAACCUGUAGAAGAAAGCAUCAAGCAAGAGGGACUUGACCUCAGCACCAACACCUCGAAUUCUACCUCGUUUUCGGCUGCCAAGGUCUCUCCUCCAAUUUCCCAUCACCCUCUCCCCAAUGGACAGAACGCCAUGCUCGCACAAAGGAGGGACAGCUCUUCUCAUGAGGAGACUCCUGGCUCACAUCCCCUGUAUGGACAUGGGGAGUGCAAAUGGCCUGGAUGUGAAACCCUCUGUGAGGACUUGGGACAGUUUAUCAAACACCUCAAUACAGAACAUGCACUUGAUGACCGGAGUACGGCUCAGUGUCGAGUUCAAAUGCAAGUGGUACAGCAGCUGGAAAUACAGCUAGCUAAAGAAAGUGAACGUCUCCAGGCAAUGAUGGCCCAUCUGCAUAUGAGACCUUCAGAGCCAAAACCCUUCAGUCAGCCUCUGAAUCUGGUUUCCAGCGCUACAAUGUCCAAAAGCACUUCUGAUACCUUUCCUGAUGGAUUACCUCAUCCCCCCACCUCUGCAACUGCACCCAUUACUCCAUUGCGACAGGGUCCUUCUGUUAUCAGCUCCUCCACUUUACACAAUGUAGGGCCUAUUCGCAGGAGAAACUCAGAGAAGUUCUGCACACCAAUUUCCUCAGAACUUGCACAGAAUCAUGAAUUUUACAAAAAUGCAGAUGUCCGCCCUCCCUUCACAUAUGCCUCACUUAUCCGACAGGCUAUCCUUGAGACGCCUGACAGGCAGCUAACAUUGAAUGAAAUCUACAAUUGGUUCACACGGAUGUUUGCCUAUUUCAGGAGAAAUACAGCUACAUGGAAGGUAAAAUUUAACCUAGGAUUUAAAUAUAGCUUUGGGAUAUAUAAUAUUCUUCACAACAAUAUCACUUUUUAA